AUGACUGGUCAAGGUAGUGAUGAUAUCAAAAUCGAGAAGACUGAAGACAUUUAUUAUGGAGCUACGUACAGACAAAAUAAAACUCAAAGUCGAUCUAGAGACAACAGAAGAACAUAUACCCGAAGAUUUGCAGAUGGGAAUAGAAGAUUGAACCCAUUAGAUAGAAAUGGUGAGCCUAGUAGAUGUGCUAUCUGUGGAUCAGUUUUUCACUGGGCAAAGUCAUGCUCAGAUACACGUCAGGGACAGGAAAACAAAAUAAAACAAGCACCAGAUGAAGUUCAGGUAACCCUUAUUGAAGAAUGCAUGACAAAUCUUGUUGGAGAAACUUUAAGCAUGGUGAUACUUGACUCUGGGUGUACCAAAACAGUUUGUGGCGAAGAUUGGUUGCAAUGUUAUCUAAACAGAUUGAAUGAUGGAGAGUUAAAGUCUGUGAUUGAAAGAAAAAGUGCAACAAUAUUCAAGUUUGGAAGUGGUAAACAUGUGACAUCUGUUAAAAAUGUCACCUUACCUACAAUAAUUGCUGGGCGAAGCGUGAUGUUAUCCACAGAUGUGGUGCAAAUACCAUUACCCUUAUUGCUAAGCAAGGAAGCUAUGAAAAAGGCAAACACUAGAAUAGACUUUGCCAGCGAUAAAAUAAUUAUCUUCAACACAGAUAUACCAGUUUCUUUCAGUUCCUGUGGUCAUUACUGUAUUCCAAUAGGAAGAGUUGGAAAGUUCAAAGAAGGAGACAUUAAAGAAGAAGCACUUGCUAUAUGUAAUUUUUUACAACAGAAAACACCACUGCAAAAGAAGGCUGCUGCAGUCAAACUUCAUCGACAGUUCAGUCAUCCUAAUAGUUCAAGACUAAAACAGUUGCUGAUAGAUGCAAAUAUUAAUGAUGUUGAGAUCUUAAAUCAUCUUGAUGAGCUUGAGCAUUCCUGCCAAAUUUGUUUGAAAUUCAAAAAGCCAAAGCCAACCCCGAUUGUAGGUUUUCCAAUGGCAAGACGAUUCAAUGAAACAGUAGCAUUAGAUCUGAAAGAAUGGUCAGAUUCGCCAAAGGUUUGGUUCUUGCAUUUAGUUGACCAUUUUACUCGCUACAGUACUUCGUGCGUCAUCAAAACAAAAAGGAAAGAAGAAAUAAUCAAACGAAUCUUUCAAAUAUGGAUUUCCAUAUUUGGUUCUGCUGAAAAAUUUCUUAUUGAUAACGACGGAGAAUUUGCAAAUGAGGAUUUUGUAUCGAUGUGUGAAAAUGCCAACAUCAGAAUAUGCACAACAGCUGCAGAAAGCGCUUGGAGCAAUGGUUUGGUGGAAAGACAUAAUGCUAUUCUUGGUUAUAAUGUUAGCAAGAUGAUGGAGGAUAAAGUUACAGUCGAUUUGGACAUGGCAGUAGCCUGGGCAGUGAGCGCCAAAAAUUCCCUGAAAAAUGUCAAUGGCUACAGUCCGAACCAACUUGUUUUUGGAUUCAACCCAAAUCUUCCGAACUGCGAUAAUGCGAAGUUACCAGCUUUAGAAGGAAAGACUUCCAGUGAGAUUGUUGCAACAAAUCUAAAUGCUAUGAACGCUGCACGAAAGGCAUUCAUACAAAGUGAAUCAGCGGAAAAGGUUAGAAGAGCAUUAAGGCAUCAAACAAGAACGUCAGGUGAUGAUAGAUUUGAAACUGGGGACAAGGUAUUUUACAAAAGAAACACAAGAAAUGCUUGGAAAGGCCCAGGUAGUGUCAUAGGACAGGAUGGCAAACAGGUUUUAAUAAAACAUGGCAGUUCGUAUGUCAGUGUGCACCCUUGUCGUAUCCAAAGAGACACAAGCUUUUCUCUGAUUGAUGCUACUCCCAUAGAAAGUUGCAGAAAUAAACCAAUAACAUCUUUAACCGACACCGAUAAUCCUGUGAAUGAAGAAGUAGUAGGUGAUGGAGAUAGUGAUGACAGUGCUGAAAAUUCUGAUAUUGAUUUGCAGAACUUCCAAAGUGAUGAACCAGAAAGAAGGGAUGCCAUUAGAAAGGAGGGACAAGUUGCAUCAGAUGAAAUUAAUGAUAUAAAUAAUCUAACCAAUAGCAUAAGUCGACUUUCCUUAGAUGUAACAAACAGUGACACACAAGACCAAAAGUGGUUUGAUGUUAAAGAUGUUGAAAUUAUAUCAAAAGGUGGUAAAGCAACUGGAAAAUAUAAAUCCUAUUUGAAUAUACGAGAUGUAGAUAGUAAUUCAUUGUCAUGUGUUGAUUGGGAGGAAACUGAAAGUUGGCAGCCAAUAAACACAGAAGAGGCACUUCUUUCGCAAGUAAAAUUUGCAGAUUCAGACGUCUUGAAUGCUAAAAUUGACGAAUUGGAAAAAUGGAAAAAGAACAAGGUUUAUGAAAAUGUUGAAAACCAUGGACAAAAGGCAUUGUCUGUGAGAUGGGUCGUGACUGAGAAAAUACUGAAUGGGAAGAAAAAGAUGAAAGCCAGAUUAGUUGCAUUGGGCUUUGAGGAGAUAGAUAAUGACAUUUUAAAAGACUCCCCAACUUGCUCGAAGGAAAGCUUGCAUUUGAUACUCACCCUCAUUGCUUACAAUAAUUGGAGGUGCAGUUCUAUUGAUAUCAAAUCUGCAUUUUUACAAGGAAAGAAAAUUGAAAGAACUGUUUACCUAAAACCUCCAAAAGAAGCUAAUAAUGGAAAUUCUUUGUGGAAGCUUAAGAAAUGCAUUUAUGGUUUGGUGGAUGCUUCUCGCUGUUGGUAUUUGCGUGUAAAAGAAGAGCUCAUAAAUCUUAAUGUCUUGGUGAGCAAGAGUGAUCCUGCAAUAUUUUACUGGCAUCAUGGUCAACAAUUAUCAGGAGUAAUGGCCACACAUGUUGAUGAUUUUUGUUGGGGCGGGAAUGAGGAUUUCAUCGACAAUGUUAUAGAACCUUUACGGAGAGUGUUUCUUGUUGGAUCUGAAUGUUCAACUGUAUUUCGUUAUCUUGGAUUAAGCUUGAACCAGCACAGUGAUUUUACCAUUCAAAUCAACCAAAAUGCAUAUGUUGAGGAAAUUGAACCUAUUGAAAUAGAAAAAAAAAGAAAGGGGAAGAAGAAUUAUCCACUGAAUGAAAAUGAGAUCAGGGAAUUCAGAGCUUUAAUAGGACGGCUGUGCUGGUUAAAUGGACAGACCAGACCCGAUAUCAUGUUUGAAGUCUGUUAA